AUGGCAAACUCUGAGUGUCUUGAUUUUAGUGUCAACGCUGGCAGCUGGAUGUGCUUCUCCUGCAGUUCAUUUUUCCAGCAGUUCGUCCGAUGUUACUGCCUUGUGGGAUGUGGACGACGCACAGACCCCAACGUCGAAUACAUACGGCGUUACUUGCCCAUAUUGAGAGACUUUCCAGCCAAAUACAUCUACGAUCCCUGGAGGGUCCCAGAGAAAGUGCAGAAAGCUGCCAAGUGCAUCAUAGGAGAGCCCUACCCCAAGCCCAUGGUGAACCAUGCUGAAGCCAGCCGCAUCAACAUUGAGUGGAUGAAGCAAAUAUGCCAGAAGCUUUCCUGCAAUAGAGGACUGGUGAGUCCCGCCCGCCGACUGAUUACACAUCAGGCUGAUGUGACCGAGCUGAAAAACCAACAGCAGCAGCAGCGGAAAUCCACCGUGUCCAAUAGCGGCCGCGAGUCGGUGGGCGACCCGAACCCGCAGCUGGUGUGUGUCGUGUUCACCUGA